AUGAAGCCAAGUCUGUUCCCGCUGAUCACCACGAUCUUCGCCCUAGCGCUGGCACAAGUUCCACCAGAUGCACAGUGCGCCAAAGACGGAAGCGUAGCGGCUUUCGCCGGGACUCGGGAAUCGGCGAACGUUGCCCAGAAGUUCUUCACGACGGCCUACACUGAUGCUGGGACAUUGUCCUUCCAUGCCGGAAACGCGAGCCAUCAGCUCGGUCUUUCAGGCAAGCUUGGCUCGGGGAUGCUGGAGCUGGUCGACCUAGUCAAUCCGACGGGCAAAACGAUCAAACCGGACAAUCCUACCAUGUGGAGUGUCUUCACAGUCGGGCAAGGUGGUGUACUUGGUAUCAAAGAUGGUACCGAAAACACACUGAAGGAUAGGACUUGGGUUGCUUGGUUGGAGACAGAUGGAACGUAUCAUGUCGGACUCUGGGAUGGGGUGACGAAGCAACCGAGGACAACUUCGAAUGUCCAGGUGAUCGCAGAGAGGGCGCAAGCUCCAUUAGGCUCGUGA